AUGGUUGUUCUGAAAGCAUACGCCUUCCUUGCGGCACCAGCCGCUGUGCUACUCUCAGUCAUGGCACUUCCUGUCGCACAACAGCAACGACCUGCCACCAUUGAGCCACGAAGAGCAACUUACUCUGUUGUCAAUGUCGAUAGCGGCGCAACAGCGACAGCGACGGCAUCAGAAACGACAACAGUCACAGAAGUCGUGGCAACAGCCACAGUUGAUGUAACAAGCACAGCAGUUUCUGUUGUGCAACCUACUGCUAAGCCUCAGAGCGUUGUCACGGUGACAGUAACCGCAUCCAGUUUGUCUGGGGCGAGUACCACGACAACUACACCAACAUCACUACCCACUGUACCAACAGCCACCUUUACAACUACAACUACAUCUACAUCUACAUCUACAUCUACAUCUACAUCUACAUCUACAUCUACAUCUACAUCUACAUCUACGCCAUCGUCUACAUCAACAACUUCUGCUAGCUCAACACAUAUUCCAGUGCCGUCAACAACGACGCGACCUUCGUCAUCGGCAGUCCCGACCCCACCGCCGACCUCAGCUACUUCUUCUGCAGUUGUAGUUCCUUCUUAUACAUCCAACUCAAUACCGAGAAUCCCGUCCUCUUCGGUCACAUUAUUACCAACAGGCGGCCUGUAUCCAUCUCAAGAAACUGGGUCUUUUGGCUGGAAUGCUCCUAGCAAGCGAAGAGAUGUCGUGAGACGCUCCUUGAACGUGCUGUCCGGGUUUCCCGAAGAGAAGAAAUAA